AUGCCUCGCCGCAGCCGCGAGGAGGAGGAGGAGGAGGCGGUCGACGACAUGGAAGAGGAAGAGGAGGAGGAAGAAGAGAGGGGCGGGAAGAGAUCGCGAGCCGGGGGCCAUGGGAAGCGGUCGCGCGGCGUAGAGAGCUUCAUCGACGACGCGGACGAGGAUGACGACGACGACGAUGACGAUGAUGACGACGAUUACGGGGGCGGCGGCCGUGGGCGUGCCUCCAAGAGGAGGCGGUCGUCGAUCCUGAUCGACGACAUGGCCCAGGUCGACGACGACGACGACAUCGACGACGAUAGUUCGGAUGUCGAGCCCGGCUUUAUUGACGAUACUGAUGCUGGGGUUGAAAUUCGUCACAAUGAUGUGGUAAGGAGGUGUAUUCCUCAUUCUAGCUCUAUGUUGGAAGACAAUGAGGAUAUGCAAGAGAUUGUGAGGCGACUACAAAACAGAUAUAAAGAAGCAUCCCAUUUUGAUUAUGACGAGGAAGUUACCGAGGUUGAACAGCAGGCUCUCUUACCAUCAGUGAAGGAUCCAAAGCUUUGGAUGGUGAAAUGUGCGACCGGACAUGAGCGGGAAACAGCGGUUUGUCUAAUGCAAAAGUUCAUUGAUAGGCCAAAUCUCCAGAUAAAAUCUGUUGUUGCACUAGAACACCUAAAGAAUUUCAUUUACAUUGAAGCAGAGAAAGAAGCCCAUGUCAAAGAGGCUUGCAAAGGUUUGCGGAACAUCAUUGCUUCAACAAAACCAACUUUAGUUCCUAUAAGAGAAAUGGCUGAUGUCCUUUCUAUCGAGAGCAAAUCUGUUGACCUUUCAAGGGACUCGUGGGUUCGGAUGAAGCUUGGUAUGUAUAAAGGUGAUCUUGCUAAGGUUGUUGAUGUUGACAAUGUGGGCCGAAAGGUUACUGUUAAGCUCAUACCUAGAAUUGAUUUACAAGUGCUGGCAAAUAAACUGGAUGGGCAAGAGGUCCCGAAGAAGUCAUUCAUUCCACCACCAAGGUUCUUUAGUGUCGAUGAGGCGAGGGAGUUGCACAUCCGUGUUGACAGAAGGAGGAAUAGAGAUUCUGGGGAAUACUUUGAUGUUGUCGGUGGUUUGCUGUUCAAAGAUGGUUUCUUGCACAAAACAUUCUCUAUAAAAUCGAUCAGCACGCAAAAUAUUAAGCCAACAUUUGAUGAAUUAGAGAAAUUCAAAAAACCUGGUGAUGACCUCAAUGAGGAUGUGGCUAGCUUGUCCACUCUGUUUACAAACAGAAAAAAGGGCCACUUCAUGAAAGGUGAUGCUGUAAUUGUUAUUAAGGGUGACCUCAAGAACUUAAAAGGCUCUGUUGAGAAGGUGGAGGAUAGUACUGUGCACAUUCAACCAAAACUAGCUGGGCUUCCGAGAACACUUGCCUUCAGUGAGACGGAUCUCUGUAAAUAUUUCAAUCCUGGAGACCAUGUAAAAGUCAUAUCUGGAGUUCAAGAGGGUGCGACAGGCAUGGUUGUUAAAGUGGAAGGGCAUGUUUUGAUCAUUUUAUCAGACACUACCAAAGAACAUAUCCGUGUGUUUGCAGACCAUGUUGUGGAGAGUUCUGAGGUCACCACAGGGGUUACCAGGAUUGGUGAUUAUGAAUUGCACGAACUUGCUCUUCUUAACAAUUCAUCAUUUGGGAUUAUUAUACGGUUGGAGAGUGAAGCAUUUCAGGUUCUGAAAGGUGUGCCUGAUAAACCUGAAUUGGUCCUUGUAAAACUGAGAGAAAUAAAAUGUAAGAUUGAUCGACGCACAUCGGCAAAAGAUCGGUACAAUAACAUUGUGUCAACUAAGGAUGUUGUGAGGGUUGCUGAAGGAGCAUGUAAGGGAAAGCAAGGCCCUGUGGAACAUAUACACAGAGGCAUACUUUUUAUCUAUGAUCGCCACUACCUUGAGCAUUCAGGAUUUAUCUGUGCAAAAGCACAAUCAUGUUUCCUUGUUGGGGGGUCAACUGGCAGCCACCAUGGGAAUGCCAUGGAUAAAGCAGAUCCACAUUUUCAUGCUUUUGGCUCUCAAGCAAGGAUUUUGCAGUCUCCAGGGAGGCUGCCCCCAAGAGGACCUCAAAUGAAUUCUGGUGGAAGGUUUGGAGGGAGAGGCAGUGGUGGCAGAGGGAAUGAUACCCUGGUGAACAGAUGUAUCAAAAUUAGAUCUGGGCCAUAUAAGGGAUAUCGUGGCCGUGUUAAAGAAUUAACUGGUCUGCUUGUGCGUGUAGAGCUUGAAUCGCUGAUGAAAAUUGUCACAGUUAAGAGGGAGGAUAUCGGCGAAACAGCUGCUGUUGCAACACCAUUUCGUGAAACUUGUUAUUCAAGGGGUGUUGAAACACCUGUGCAUCCAUCUCGAACGCCACUACAUCCUAUUCAGACUCCGAUGCGGGAUCCUGGAGCGACCCCAGUUCGAGAUGUAAUGAGAACUAUGCCUAGUCGAGCCUGGGUGCCAUUGAGUCCUCACAGGGACAACCGGGAAGAUGGAGAUUCCACUUGGGCAAGCAGUCCAGCCUACCAGCCAGGAACUCCACGACCUCGACCAUACGAAGCUCCCACUCCUGGGUCAGGGUGGGCAAGUUGGGGUGAUGCGUCGGUGAACACCCCAAGCACGAAUGUUCCCUCAACACCUAUUGGUCAACCGAUGACCCCGGAUCCUGCCUCCUAUUUGGUUGGUACUCCUAGUGGCCAGCCGAUGACUCCAGGCUAUGGUGGAAUGGAACUAAUGUCUCCCGUAAUAGGUGGCGAGGCUGAGGGAAGCUGGCUACUGCCAGAUGUUUUGGUGAACGUCUCCAGGGGAGGUGAUGAGGUCAGCAAUGCUGUGGUGAAGGAAGUGCUCCUGGAUGGAUCAUGUCGUGUAUCCCUUGGGCCAUUGGGUGAGGGAGAUGAACUGAUCGUCACUGCAAACGAGCUAGAGGUGAUCAGGCCGAAGAAAAACGAGAAGCUCAAGAUAAUGAAUGGCUCCUUGCGCGGAGCCACUGGAAAGCUCAUUGGAGUUGAUGGGUCUGAUGGCAUCGUGAAGGUGGAAGGUAGCUUAGAUGUGAAAAUAGUGGACAUGGCGAUUCUGGGCAAACUGGCAGCUUGA